AUGGACAAAGGAGUGUCCUCAGUUUUAGAAAAUGCCAUAUUUGGCCGGUUCAGGCGGCAAACCACUGGCUGGACCCUCCAGGAGAUAGCCAACCCCAGUACGGACCCUGAGGGCUGCGGCAGGACAGCCCCUGGCUGGGUGUGUGACCCCGGCGGUGUGCUUUCUUCUACUUCGAUAGAAGCUAAGAAAUGGGCCAGUGAAUUGGUCCAGAACAAGUGGAACUUUGGCAGCUGUGAUAACGAUGUUGUAAUAUUUUGGUCAAAAGAAGACAGGCAGUUGUAUUCUUCUGCGGGUUCUCGAGCUUAUAAGAAGCUGUCAGGUGAUUGCGUUGGAGAUAUUUACUCUGAAGCAAGGCCGCUGUUCGACGGGGGCAAUUACGCUAAAGGAUUUGACCACAUACUUAAGGAAUAUAGGAAAGCCCUCCUGGGAGAACGUUGCACAGCCCUUCCUUGGUGGGCAAUAUUGUUGAUCAUUCUAGCAAUAUUUCUUUUGAUUCUUCUGAUUGUAUCCCUACUACUCUGUCUACUGUGCUGCAAAAAGAAAAAGCGAGAUCGUGUACAAAAACGCACAUUUGUCCACCAAGUAUCACCUGAUGGGAGAACUACCACGGUGGAAUACGUUUCACCGGUUACGUCAAGGCCGCCGUCACGUGUCACCAGCACUCCUAUUCCUUUUUACUCUCACACCAUGCCUAACAUGGACAAACAUAAAAAACGAAAGAACGGCCAUGCCGGCUCGCACAAGAGCUCGCCUGCUGUGUAUAAAAAGGGAUAUGGCAACGUAGCAUACAGAGACAGCACUUUAGGAAGCCCGAGCUCCGAAAGGGCCAUGAUUUACCACAUCCCUGACGGUGUUCAACCUGUAAGAAAUUCGGUUCCUUCCAGAUCUGGAAGCUUUUCGGACUACGGAAGCGGUUACAGUACCUAUCAUAGCGGUGACCGACGAGCAGACGAUCGUCGACAUUACGGUAGCCAUGGCAACCUAUACUACCCUCGUCACCAUGACAACAGUCCACAUAGAGAUAUGCGACUUUGACAGCAAAGCCACAAAUACCUUUCAAGUAAUUGGAUACAGCAUUCGCAUGCUACAACUGAUUGAAAUUUAUCAGUGAGAUAGCCUAUAAAAAUGGCAUUCUUUAAGAAAACCGGGGAAGACAAAGGGAAGAGGAGGAUGAAGUUUUAGAAUGCCAAGAAAGGAACCACCGAGUUUUUUUGUAACGUACUGUAAGAGUACAUAAUCUUUGGGCCCUUCGCUACUGAGGGGUAUGACUUUAGCAAAAUAAUAAUUUAUCUUUGAUUGAUGUACAAUAAACUUGAAACGUACAAUUUCCAAUAUUAAGACAUUGCAUGGGAGAAUACAUUGACUCACUGAUUAUGUGAUGACACGUGCCAUACCGUGUAAAUUAUAGAAAUCCCAACUGAAAAGGAAUGAUUUAAUGUUGAAGUCAUUUACAUAAGGUCUUGUGAUACAUGUAUUUAUAUAAAGGUUAUCAACAGCGUACAAAUGUAUAUAUAACUUGUAUAAAAAUUCAUGAAACCAUAUGGGAUAACGUUUUUUAAGGUGCAUGUAUGGUUGUAUGGAGUGGUGAAGAUAAUACACGGUAGA